GACACGGUGCUGCUCCCUCUCCAGCAAGUUCCACUCUGCAAAUUUACAAUGCAUUAUUCUCCCAGAAACAGCGAAGCUGAGAGCAUUGUACCAUCGUCAGGAGGAGUUGCUGGAAUCAACAUUGCAAAUUCCACUGCAGUUGAAGUAAAUGAUGAGGCCAUAUCUCAACUGAUCAAUCCCAUCACCACAAAGUUGAUCCCUGUCUUAUACACCCUAGUGUUUGGCAUUGGGCUCCCAACAAAUGUUCUGGCUCUUUUAACAAUGGCUGCCAAAAGCAAGAAACCUUCCAACAUCUUCCUGAUCAACUUGGCGACUGCCGACCUUCUCCUGAUCCUGAUGCUGCCGUUCAAGAUCUCCUACCACCUCCUGGGCAAUGACUGGCUCUUUGGUGAGGGACUCUGUCGGACAAUGACCGCCUUCUUCUACGGGAACAUGUACUGCUCCAUCCUGUUGCUCACCUUCAUCAGCAUCGACAGAUACUUCGCUCUGGUCCAUCCAUUUUUCUCCAAGCGUUUCAGGGACAAUCGGUUUGCCUUAAGUGUUUGUGCUGUCAUUUGGGUGACAGUUGUUCUCUUUGUUUGGCCUUUUUUUUCUGUUAAACAGUCCCGUGAAAUCAAAGGUCUAAAUAUCACCAUGUGCUAUGAUGUGUAUCUAAAGGCUAAUCAGACUGUGUAUUUCUAUUACUGGUUAAUUGUUGUGAUGUUAGGAUUUUUCAUUCCGAGCCUCGUCACUAUAUCCUGUUACAGUCUUAUAAUCAGAUCUUUAACAGUUAAUGAUAUAAAGUACAAAAAGUCUGCAAAAAUCACUCUCUUAAUACUGUUUGUAUAUCUAGUAUGUUUCUCUCCAAGUAAUAUCGUGCUGCUGGUGCACCAAUGGGUGCCUGACCUCCAUAAACAUUACAUUUUCUUACAGUGUCUGAGCAGCUUUAACAGCUGCUUUGAUCCUUUCCUCUAUUAUUAUAUUUCUGAGGAUUGUAGAAACAGAGUGAAAAGGAUAAUCUGUUUCCAGAACGUAAGUGCUGGAUAAUUACUUUGAAGAACUUUCUCAGGUUUCCCGCUUUCUCAGGUGUGUGGAUCCACAAGCUGGGAACCAUAAUUGAUGCCAGAAAUUGGGCUGGAAAUCAUGCCCCUGCAACCACACUGCAGAAUAAUGAGUUAAUUGUUAUGGUAAUGAGCUAGUGAUGUGUAUCAUGAUGUAACAGUGACAUCAGCAGUCAUGUGGCAGAGACUCUGUGGAGCAGAUGGAGCAGUCCAUACUCAUGUGAGAUAUACCAGCUCCGUAACCUAUCUUGUAAAUCAUGUUAAUAAAGCAGUUUGAAGUAAC